UGUCCCUCGAGGCUGUUCCAGCCCAAGGCUGUCUCCAGUCCCAGGAGAGGCAUCAUCUUCUACCACGGAGGGGGUGCCAUGUUUGGCAGCCUGGGUUUCCUCAGCUCACUCCGAAGGCACAAGAGCAUCAUGCUUUCUUUGGUGGAACUUCUCCUUGCUACCAUGUGCCUCCUGGUCAUGGGAGUCAAUGUGUGGGUUCUCAUAGAUCACCUCCUCACUAUUGAUGUGCCUCCUGCCCUCACGCACCCCCUGAAGUUUCGGAUUCUGCACUACUGCUUUCAUCUCACGAUGACAUGGGGGAAUAUACUUGAGAAGAUGAACAUUUGCUCCACACCCCACUUUUUUCGCUUUGUACAAGACAGCUCUGUGUGGAAGAAGAACCUUGGUGUGUUUGUGAAGGACCUGCGUUUUGGUACAAUCCCUGUGAGGCUCUUUCAACCCAAGGCAGCCUCCUCCAAGCCCCGGCGAGGAAUCCUCUUCUUACAUGGAGGAGGUACCUUUCUGGGCAGCCUAGACUUUUACCAUAACCUGUGUACAUUCCUGGCCCGAGAGACAGACUCAGUGUUGCUGUCAGUGGGGUACCGAAAGCUUCCUUACUACCAUCAUCCUUCUUCUGCACAUGAUUGUCUGAAUGCCUCCAUUCACUUCCUGAAGUCUCUGCAUGCCUAUGGGGUGGACCCCUCCCGGGUUGUGUUCUGCGGAGACAGCAUUGGAGCUGGGGCUGUAGCAUUUAUCACACAGGCCUUGGUGGGCAGAGAAGAUCUUCCCAAGAUCCGGGCUCAGGUCCUGAUAUAUCCAAUGCUCCAGCCACUCUUCCUCCAGUCUCCAUCACAUCUGCAGAAUGCAAAUGUUCCAUUUCUCACCAAAGAUUUCAUGAUGACCUGUGUUACUAGAUAUCUGGCCAUUGAUGCCUCCUGGAAAGAUGCUAUGUUGACAGGUGCCUGGAUGCCCCCACAUGCCUGGAAGAAGUAUGAGAAAUGGCUAGGCCCUGAGAACAUCCCUAAAAUGUUCAGGAGCAAAUACCAGCAACCAGAGUCACCUGCACCUUUUAAUGAGGCUGCCUAUCUAGAAAUCAAACAUAUUAUGAGGGAAGAUCUUUGUCCCCUCAUAGCAGAUGACAAAAUUAUUGCUCAGGUUCCUGAGGCAUUUGUGGUGACCCUUCAGUGGGACAUUGUCCGGGAUGAUGGCUUGCUCUACAAGAAGCGCUUGGAAGACCAGGGGGUCCCUGUGACCUGGUACCAUAUAGCAGAUGGUUUUCAUGGCUGUGCUCCUUUUUUUGAAAGGAAGUUUUUCUUUUUCCCCUGUUCCUUGAACCUUGUAAAUGCUGUAGCUAGUUAUAUCAAAGGCUUAUGA